AUAUCGGUAGUAACAUUAGGUAAAUUGGGAAACGUUUUAAGACAGUUGAAUGAAACAAAAUGGUGGGACGUUACAAUACCAGUUUAUAUAUUAAAUGUACAAAAAAACGAUUGUGAGUAUGCUAUGACAGCUCUAACAUACGCUCGUCGUCGUCAUGUAGUGACAUCAUAUAUUCCAUGUAUCGAUGAGUCUAGUGGUAUUCAAGUUUAUACCUCUAAUCCAUAUACCCGUCGAGCAACCAGUGGUUGGAUAGAAGAAUUCUCGCAACCGAAUAUAACAUUUUACAGACGACAGUAUAAUCCAAAAACAAUUUGCCAAGAAUUCUAUUUCGAUCGAAGUAAAAAACUUGACGGUUACAUAAUUGGAAUCGGUAUUCCAAUCGCAGUGAACAAUGAAGCAUGCAGUUCUAAAUAUUUGAAAUAUACUCAAACCGCACGAAAUGCUCGUUGUUUAACAAAGCGUCAUCGUGAAAUAUUAGAUGCCCUUAUCACAAGAUUAAACGUGACUGUAAUGCUGAGUAUACAUAAAGGAAAUGAAACAAUAAAAAACUUUAACCUAAAAGAUGGACAUGGAGACAAAGACAACAGGUGGUCAAUAGAAAACUUCGACAGUAUGGAAGAUGAUUUAAUCUUGUACAAUAUGGUUGUAAGAUUUUUAAAAAACAGAACUGUAUUCUUAGAAUCUUAUCCUUUAGCUUGGGAAGCGAUGGGAAUUGCUACGUAUCAUCGUGGUCAUAAAACUAUUGGUGAAAAAAUUUGGGACUUUUAUGGAAUCUGGACGAUUCUAUUUACGAUCAUUGUACUUAUGGUCACAUUUACAGUCAUUUGGUUGUCUGAAAAUAGAAGAACAUCCUUUGCAUUAUUUGAGAUCAUUCGUUUACUAAUAAGUCAGAAUCUGCAUACUCGUAUGAAGACUUUGCCUCUUCGGCUAUUCUUUAUUACAGUUUUGAUUUAUUUUCUGAUCAUCCAGGCCACUUUUCACGGCCACUUGGCAAAGUUUCUGACACAUCCUGACUUGAGAAAACACGUGGAAACUCUCACAGACUUGAACAAAUUUGGCUAUACUUCUGACAGAAUAGAUUUCCCAAUAAAUAUCAGUAUAAGGAGGAUAGAUAGUCCUCGACGAGCACAAAUAUGUCUGAGAAAAAUAUUAUUGAAUAAUUCUCUUGCUUGUGUUCUUGACCACGCAACUCUUCUUUACUAUUCUAGAAAAAAUGAAAAACUGUACGUUUCAGAAAAACCAUCCGAGGAUGAAUAUUAUGGAUAUAUUGUACGCCGUCAUGCACCCUUGUUGAAACGUAUUAAUUUAUUUUUUAUGUCCUUAGAGGACUUUGGUUUUCGAUAUUUGUGGUCAAAGUUCGACUCGAAGCAUUAUGGAAUCCUUAAUUCUCCAAUAACUAAAGUAAGAUCAAGUGAAGAUUUUCAUCCAAUUACGUUAGAGCAUAUGAUGUUUAGUUUCUGGAUAUUGGCGAUUGGGUUGAUGAGUGCGACAAUUAGCUUCUGUAUUGAAGUGUUUAUGACAGAAAAAUCCAAGUGGAGUAUCAUUCCUUUCAUAAAAAAUGUUAAGAAUAGAACUGUGGAAAUGGCAAAGAGGAUUAAAAUUUCAUGGCCACGUAAAAUUGUUGUAUUCUUUCGUAAAAAAUAAGAAGAUUUAUUAUUUUUCUGAUGCCUGUAAAAAUUGGUACCAUGUUCGAAUUCGAGUGGUAUUUGGAUCACGGAUAAAGCUUACAAUUAAACAGCACAGUUAACCGAUGUUCCUUAUUAAGGUUAAACUGAGAAAUGAAAUUAGAAUUAUUUUUACGUUAAGUAGGGAAGAAUUAUUGAUUUUUUCUUUAAUAAAAGUUUUUAU